GGUGUUUAUAUUUAGUUCUUUUCCACUAUUUACUACCGAGUUUGACGUUAGGCAGACAAAUGCUGCUCAAGAAAAAAAGCACACAACGGCACGGAUCAGUAGUUUUGAAUUGUAAUUAAAAUCAUUCAAAGGAGCUCAUGCAAAAUUCAAAGUUUUUGUGUUCAGAGGUACUCGAAAGUGGGAAGCUAGUGCUGAUAGACGAUUAGAGAAGGAUGGUGAAAUAAUAUUCGGGGUCAAAUCUGUUAAAACUUGUGCUAAAAACUGCCCAGUAUCACGUGAUACCAUGAUUCUGAAGGAACUGGGUAUCAAGUGACGUGUCCUGUAUGUCUGGGUGAUUCUGAAAUAGGCCACAACGAGAGAAAUGGACCAUUAUCAUUGAUCACGCGAUUUUUAACAAAGCAACUAGAGGCAACGCAGUUACUUAAAAAUAUUUUUUGCCACAAAUAUUCGUUUGACAAGUACCGCUAAAAGAAAACUGGAAACGUUUCAGUGUAGUGAGAACAUCGGCUCGCUUCUUAAAUCUGCGCAAACACGAGGGUUCCAGAACAGCUUUUGGAUCAUUAAUAACCAAAACUUGGAAACCGUGUGGACAUGGCGGUUAUCAACAGAAUACCUUGGAAUCCUACCAGGAGAAAGCGACUACUACAGACCGGACGACAGGAUUUCUUCAACAUAUUCGGCUUCUUUAACACGUGGGGAAGAAAUGAACGUUCUGAUUUAUGGUUUUGCCGUCAAGUGAUAACACCUUAAAAUUGAAAGAGAAAUUUUAUGACCGACAAGGCCAAGAAUUUCCUUUUGCAUUUAUUUCAAACCUGCAUAAGAAACAGACUUUACAGAGAGAUACAAGGAAAGGAAUGUUCCGUUUACGACACUUAUAACAAGAAGAACGACAGAAGCUAUUAGCUGCUGUCUUAAAAGAGUGAUCAAAAGAAUGAACGAACGUUGUCGACAAAAGAUGAUUUGCAACUUUUUCGACAAAAUAAUAAACUGGUUCAGGAUUUUGACAGAGAUUCGCUCCUGUAAAAUAAUGAUUUUGAAAUACAUUUGUUAGAUCGUUGCUAGUCCUUUCGGAAAGUGAAGAUAGACAAAGACUGGAACCUAAUUUGUGUGCAGUGUUAUGAUCACAUGACAGGAUAACAAGCGGUGCGUAAAUUGGUGCAAAAAGGUUGCAACAUGUGCCAUCUUUGAGGAGAUCUUGGAUACAAGACAGCUCAAAGAAAUACAUCCUCAAAAAGAGAAAAACCAAGACGUUACUUGAAAACAAAAACCUUCUAGCCUUCAGGUAAGAGCUGGCCCAUUACACAACACAUAUAACGUCUGCAACGACGCGAACGACGCGAACGACCGAAUGUAAAAUUUACAGUUGAAAAUAGACCUUAAUUUCAAUUCUUUCGACGUCAAAAAUAUUCUUUUUGUUGAUCACAGGUAUUCCAAACGGCAGAGAUGAACUCAGCACAGCUUCCAGUAAAUUUACUAGGGGAUUUUCAGGUGAGGAAUAAAAGAAUGUGUACCUGUGGGUGCUAUCGUAAUUUCGGGUUGCACGUCUUGGGCGAAACAUGUAUGUCACGGGAAACAAAGCAGAAGUUUUCGGCUUCAGGGGAAAAAUAGGACUUGGGCUUUACGCUUAUAACAGUUAAACGUUUUUAAUGAUGUACUAACUACAAUGUAGUUUAAGCAUUGAUCCAGCUGAGCUAUAUGAAAUCCCCCAGGGACAGAAAGAUACUUAGAGUUGCAGCUCUUAUCAAAUCCAUAACCAUAAUCGAGGCAUAAGAUGUUCUCUUUGGAUUCUAAAUUUUUUACAUUUUUUCUUUCAGCACAUCCACCUGCAAAACAGUCUGUAUAACCUUCAGCUUUCACUGACAGAGUACUUCUGUGCAGUUUUACCCAUUUAUUUCCAUGGACUUAAGUCGUCCUUACAGGAUCCAAGGUGAUUAUCAGGUUCUUUUACUUUUACCACCUGAGUUUUCAUUAUAAAGAAAUCGUUAAGGUUAAAAGGCAUUUUAAAUCUUUCAGCUGUUGUUAAUAGGUUUUUGUGCCCUUACUGCAAUAUUGUGACACUAGUAAAACCCUUACACCUUAACGUCAGAAAACAUGAUAUUCUCUAUACUGUUGUACCUACUUUUCCUGAUGUAUCACUAAGGAGAAUUUACCUAGCAAUCAAAACCUUUUUGCUGUCAUUGAUCACUUACCUUUUACUCAUAAGCGUUAUGUUCGAUUGAGUUGUGUAAUGUAAAAGCUAGUUCCUACUAUACUGGUAGUAAAACGAUUAAGAUGGUGGAUGAUGGCUUAGAUUUCAUCACAUAUUACUGACAUAAUAUCUUACUGUCUUUUUCACAAAGCUUUAUACAGAUUGAAAGACUGCGGAGUUUGGACUGGGUGAGCACUUUUUAAUAAUUUAAUUGGUUGUACAAAGUAUUUUCUUACGCUGUACGUUAUGUGCAUUUGACAGACGAUAUUUUUAAAUGCAUAGACAUAAUUGGGUAGAACACGCGUAGCAUAUUCUCGGUUUUGAUCAAACAGAGGCAAUACACAUUUAAAGAACACUCUAUUUGUCUGUAUGAUCAAUUUGCAGGAAAGCCCAGGAGAUUCAGGACUCCAAAGUACUAGUUUUAUUUUGAAGAAAAUGGAAGAGGCAAUGGUGGUAUGUAUUAUCCAAAGAAAAUGACUUCUUAAUAUUAGACAAGUUCAUCAAAGGUACUAUGCUUUUUUCUUAUUUAUUACAGAAUGACUUAACUCUCCAUGGCAGGGAGACUGCCCCAAAUAGAGAACUACUGGACGUUUUUAAAUGCCUUUGGACUUACUUUCGGUUAGGUGCACAAAGAGAUCCAGCCAUAACUUCAUUUGCUACAAUUUACCAGCCAAGCAGGUAAUUCAGAUAGUUAACAGAACUUCGAAACUUUUACCAAGAAUCUCAUUUAAAUUAUUACAUCAUCAUUUUUUACUACCUAAGAAUUGCUGUAAAUGAAAAUUUGUAAUUUGUUUCUACAACUUUAAAAUAUUCACACUUCAGGGUAACAUGCUACCAAACAGGAUAAAUAGCUUGAAAUUAUGCAAUUGUGCUCCAUUAGUGGGCCUGGCAUGGUACUUUAACUACCUCAUCUACUCGAACCAAGGAUAUAGCAAAACCUGUUAAUUUAAAGCUAUAUCUUACAAUUUCAUCAUGUGCAAAUAUGUACCUUUUCAUUACACAGCCGUUAUCAUGAUCAAGAGUGGGGAGAAUUUGAAGUGGUAAGUUAUACAAAUGAUAACCAUUCUGUGGAAUCUGAAAAACAGGAAAGAAUAAAGAGGCAGUAUCAUCCACGGGAAAUUGGAUAGCAGAGUAAGAAAACUGGGCACAAAGGCUUCUGGUCACUUUUGCGUGAAAAGGGGAAAUGCGAAAUGUGGAUCGUAUUUUUCCACUAAGAAUUGUACUAUUUAGUUUUGGGUUAUUUUCAUUUUUUUAAUAAUCCCACCAAUAAUAUUUUAAACCCCAUCUGGCCAUAUCACUGAGUACAAUCAUCUUGAGACUUGGUGACAACCUUGGUAUCUACCAAUGGGCGAGACAGUUAAAUGCGCACUUAAAACCGGUUCCCAUAGCUCCUUUUUUAAAAUUAAUUGCAGUACAACAGAGGUUUAAAAGAAGACUGUGAAGUUGUCACUCAGAUUCUUCAACAUCAAACAAGAUUGCUGAAAACCAACGGAGUGAGUACUUUUUAAGCCUAAUUGUUACUUUUUCUAGUUAGGAAUUAGAACUUAAACUGAAGCUCAGCUAUGUCAUUAAACCUAAUGACUUAAUAACUUAAAUGGGCGAAUCAAGAAAGUGACGUUACACAAGUGGUUAAUUGAGUUGUUUCCAUAUUUUGCUGACUAAUACUCAAGAACAACGACGACAACAACAACAAAAAAACAUGAACACUAAAAGAAAACACACAAGAAAAAAAACAAAAAAAAAAAGGUCAAUUAUAAAAUAUAUACAAAAACAAUAACAACAAAAAAAAGUAACGGAAUGCAAAAUCUUUCCAACCCUAGACACAACCUUAAGAAUUUUGGGAACAAAAACAUUCACAGUGGUCUAGAUUAUGGUAGAACAAGUAUACUCAUCAAGGAACUUGACAAAACAGCAUAAGGACCCUAUCACUUUGAUUCCUUAAAAAGGCUGUCGUACUAACUGGCACGACCAGUCAGCAAAUUUGGUCUGUUUUUUUUUAUUGUUAGGAAAGGCUUCAAUGAAGAGUUAUUUUAAAGUCAUUUUUUUUUAUUGUUGAUUAACAGCAAACUGAGACCUUAGAAGGGUUUAACCCAUCGCUAAGAAGAAUACUUAUCUAUCUGAGGCACAAGACAAUUAGGCCACAUCCUUCAUGCCCGACCAGGUAACUCAGAUAUAUUAAGUAUUCCAAAUGGAAGAAACAUUUAAUACCGAGCAAAAACAACAAAUCUUAACUGAAACUUAUGGAUACUCAAAGCAUUGUAGUGAACUAAAAUCAAGUGUUAACUUUCGUUCCAGCUUAAAAAUUGAACACAAGAAAAUUGCUGCUAGUCUUAAAAUUGAGGUGACUGUUCGGGCCCUGUAUGUUUUGGAGAGUACUUGUGAGAUUUUCAUUGAGAUUUGCCACUAUAUACAUGCAUUUACCAAAAAAAGGACUUAAAAAAAAGACGCAAUUUACCCUUCUCUCACCUUUCUUUUCAACAAAACAGCAAACAAAAUUGUCAUUAACGAAUUCCUCAGAUACUGCCUAUAAACUACCUUCUACCAUGUGCAAAUGAGUUUUUUCUACGUUUAUCAUUUGCUAAAUCAUGACUAACCUAAGUUUCCUUUAUAUUUCAAUACAGUUAUGAAGCAGACAAAGUCUUAGAAGAUUUAGACUGGGUAAGUAAACUUAAUGAAAGAAAAUGUAACAGUUGGAAGUAAAACUAGAAGUAAAUAAUUUAUCUCUUUGUAAGCUAGAUAAUCUCUUACCCAUCAUUCUGCAAAGCAGCCUCCAAAUGUAGUCAUAAAUUCCAUACAUCAAGGGUCGUUAUAACUAUACGAUAGAGAAAUGGUAAAUGUAAAGUAAACAAAACAAAGAUGUAGCUUUUUGAACUGUGCAGAGAUUUUUCUUUCAAUUAAUUAUAAUUAAAAUAACUUAUUGUACAUAAAGAUACAUAAUAAUCAUAUUUUAUAUUAUACAUACAUAAUUAAGAUAUUACUAUGAUAUUAAUAUUUUACAUUGUGGUGCAAUAAUGAAUGCUAGUGUUAUUGAUUGAUACCAAACUAACAGGGAUCGUCUAACGUUUAUGUUAAAAAUUGCAACCCAACAGUUGAUAAACAAUUCCAAAGUAAUCUAACUUUAAAAAAAUAAAUUAAAUAAGAUUGAACCCUUCCUAGGGUAAUAAACUAUGGUCAAGAAAAUAUAUGGAAACGGCAUACAAUAGAAGCUUUUAUCAUGGUUCGAAAAAAAUUUUGCUAUGGUAAAAGAAACUUCAAAGGAUUGAUUUUUAACUUGAAAACAAAUAAUGUAUUUAUAUAACCAUCUCCUAGGCAAACAAAUAAAUAGUACGAACCCAGUAGUGAAUCUGAAGUAGUAGGGAAGUGUACUCACACUAGAACGACCACAGCACGAUGAAAAAUAUACCACGAAUUUUUCGUCUACUUUUUUUCCACUUGCAGAUACUGAGAUAAAUUGGAUAAAUGGUACUGAUGAAUGGCACAUUCUUUAACGCUGAAGACUGUUCUUCCUUGUAUUUAAAUACUAUAAGGUUAACAUUAAUUUUCAUUAAUAUAAUAAUGAAAAAUAUUGGAAUAUAGAAUGUUUUCAAAUUGCUGGUUGUUAUAUUUGCAUUUGUUUUACAAGACAUCUUAUCUAUGACCAUGCUCCGUUGAAAUUGGUGUUUGAGAAAUAUUUUCUGACUACUUAUAAAUAUAUCCUGGGUUGUAAUUUUGAAAAAAUUUAAAUGAAAGUUAUCAAAGUUUCUAUUUUUUUCCUAGGAAAAGUUAUAUACCUUAAGCGGUUUAUUUUGAUAACCAGAAUGAACAAUAAAAUAUUUUCUUGUGUUUGGACCAUGGACUUUUUGGUAGGGGGUGGGCAAGACACCUUAGUUAGCCCGGGUAUAUGAGUGUGAGCUGCCCAUAACUUUCACAUUCCAUACCGAAAAAGAGAGAAAAGAAUUGUCCCAAAAUCUUUGGGCCAGAAUCGACAAUUCUGGUCUAAACGUGAAAGUUGCAAUUCAAGUUAAUCUUUCUCCCACCUGGACAGUGUGAGGUACUGGAAGUCAAAUGCGUUUUACUCAUAUAGCGGGAAUGAUGAGCUUCAGCGUUGUUCCGGGGGAGCGGGUAGGGAGGAACCUUAAUGCAGCCGUAUAUGAGUAAAAAUUGCCCAGUGUUACUUGCAAAUGUAUACAGACACCAUCAGCGGGUAUUAUCCCGACAAACUUUAUUGCUACGAUUUUAGCCUUCCUUGUUUAGCUAAAAAGAGACUACUUUGUGAUUAGGAUUGUACCCCCAAGGCAUCUUAAUAACGGCGGGGUAUUUCCCACGAUCUUUGAGAUCUGAAUGGCCCCCAUCCCGGGUUACCUCCGACAUUAGGGACCAUUCUUCUUGUUUGUAAUAUACGAUGAUCCUCUCUUCGUUAGAAUAUUUUGGGUGCCCCCACCUUGUAGUCGAGAUGACCUCCUCCCCACAAAAAAAAAGAGAAAAAAAAAAAAGAAAAGAAAAGAAUGAAAGAAAGAAGACAAGACAAAAUAAAAAAAGAAACGACGAC